UUUCACAGGCUCGACCAGUGUCCUCCAACAGUGACCAUGACCCACUUCCAUUCUGGCAACCCAGUAACAUGGACUCUUCUCAAUGGAUUUCACAGGCUCGACCAGUGUCCUCUAACAGUGACCAUGGCCCACAUCCAAUCUGGCAACCCAGUAAUAUGGACUCUUCUCAAUUGAUUUCACAGGCUCGAACUGUAUCCUCCAACACCAACCAUGGGCCUGUUUCAGUCUGGCAACCCAAUAACAUGGACUCUUCUCAACCGAUAUCACAGGCCCGACCAGUAUCCUCUAACAGUAUCCAUAGCCCUGUUACAGCCUGGCAACCUAGCUGUAUAGACUCUUCUCAAUGCAUGACAUCAAAUUUGAGUCUAGAAUUGUCCAGCUCAGAGACAGAAUGUCAUCAAAGACCAACUUACACUGAAUUAACAACAGUUAGAAGGAGGCCAGGCGAGGUGGAGGCACGGCAUCCAACUCCAUUGUCCGAUGCAGGGCUGGACUUUUCUGAGCAAUCAAGACACCGCCUUCCUAAUACCCACCAACUCAUCCCAACUAAUUGCACUGCGGUUGAAAGGCUUGUCCUGGAGCAACUUGGGGAACUUCACCUCAAGGUGGACCAUUUAACUGCAACUGUACAGUCACUCUGUCAAAACAGGGCUCAAAAUCAACAACCCCAAAGCAGUGACUAUGACCACUUACUUCCCAUUUCCACUUUGGAAGAGCUGAACCGCUUUGAUGAGAAACUUCGGCAAGAUAUUGAUUUUAAGAAACAUGUGAUUGCAAAGCUGUCCAUAACUGGGGGGAACUCUGUUAAAAAAACAGUGUGGCGAGUGUGCAGGAAAGUAUUUUCUCCAGAACUUGCCACCCAGUUAAAUUGGUGCGGGAGAGGACAGAAGACUGGCAUCAAGUCGCGACCAGUGCAUGAAAUUCUACAGUUGUCGGUUUCUAAGAAUGGUGCCCUGCCACACAUCACAGAGGCAGAGAUUGAAACGGCAAUCCAAAACUGGCUCAGGCUUAGCCAAGAUAGACUUGGAGGGCGGAGGAGGCAAAGACCGGAGCGUUAAAGGCUGCCAGAAAGAAUCUGUCUCUGCCAUCUCUACUGUGGGGCUACAUUGUCGCAGUUCCUUUGUCGCCCUUCUUCUCCUGGAGUGUGUUGUUAAUAAAGUAUUUAAAGUGUUUGAACUUGAGUUGUGUCUGUUCUUUAUAUCGGAGACAGGGGGCGGGUUUACUGUUCACAGAAAAAUAGCACGAUCUCUCUGUGUGCGUGUGUGUUUAUGGGUCUCAUUUAUAAUGCGUGCAUACACAAAAAUUUGAUUGUAGAGUGAAAUAACGUUCGGCCUAAAUAAAUAAAGGCCAUAAAUAACUGCAUGCAGACCAGCUGGUAUUUACAUUAUUGCAUCGCUCAAACAUCGGCCGAAGAGCUUUUGCGAUCAGUUGCCGACGUCUCGGCGACAUAUUCCCAAUUAGCAAACG